AUGGCAUCUUUAACAGCCACGGUCACGGAAGUGGUCACCCAGACCGUCAAUGCCACAGCAGCAAUGGCUAGCGCCACCAGCACGAACCGGGCUACACCCCAAGGCGGUAUCCUCGAGGGCGCCAAUCCAACACACUAUGACUCCAAGAAUCCGGUGAUCCUCUUCAUCAUCCAGGCUGGCAUAAUCAUCAUCUUCUGCCGCCUGCUACACUGGCCUUUGGGCAUGAUUCGACAGCCUCGAGUGAUUGCCGAAGUCAUUGGCGGCAUCCUCCUAGGGCCGUCCGUAAUGGGACGUAUACCUGGCUUCACCGAUGCCAUAUUCCCAGCCGCUUCGAUUCCGAACCUGAACAACGUCGCGAACCUUGGCCUCAUACUUUUCCUGUUCAUGGUGGGACUCGAGGUGGACUUGAGAUAUUUUGUGGCCAACUGGAGAAUUGCAUUGAGUGUGGGAGCAGCCGGGAUGGCAUUGCCCUUUGGGCUGGGUUGUGCAAUAGCUUGGGGUCUGUACAACGAGUUCAGCGACGAACCAAAUACGGUGCCCAUUGCUUUCGGCACGUACAUGUUGUUCAUUGGUAUCGCAAUUGCUAUCACGGCAUUCCCAGUACUCUGUCGCAUUCUGACCGAAUUAAAACUUUUGAGCACCAAGGUGGGCUUGAUCACGCUAGCAGCGGGCGUUAGCAACGAUGUUGUGGGCUGGAUCCUCCUCGCCCUAUGUGUGGCACUUGUCAAUGCUGGCAGUGGCCUCACGGCCCUUUGGGUCGUGCUGGUAACAGUAGGCUACGCAGCCUUCCUCUUCAUGGCUGUCAAACCAGUGUUCCACUGGUACUUGCGUCGCAAUCGCGCACUAUCAGAUGGGCCAUCACAAUCGGUCAUUGUGGUAACGCUGCUCAUUGCCCUAGGCUCCUCGUUCUUCACGGGCGUUAUCGGCGUACAUGCCAUCUUUGGCGCCUUCAUGGCCGGUCUGAUCUGCCCUCACGAAGGUGGUUUCGCCAUCAAGCUGACAGAGAAGAUCGAGGAUCUUAUCAGUGCGUUGUUCCUGCCGUUGUACUUUGCGCUCUCGGGUCUGUCGACCAACAUUGGACUCCUCGACAACGGCAUCACCUGGGCGUAUGUGAUUGGAGUCAUUGCUGUUGCAUUCGUGGCCAAGUUCGUGGGAGGUACGCUCGGCGCAAGAGUCAAUGGCCUCGUAUGGCGCGAGAGCUUCACGAUUGGAGCUCUGAUGUCUUGCAAAGGCCUGGUCGAGCUAAUCGUCCUCAACAUUGGACUGCAAGCACGUAUCCUCAGCAUUCGGACUUUUACCAUCUUCGUUGUGAUGGCCUUGGUCACAACGUUUGCAACGACACCGCUAGUUCAAGUCUUGUACCCCGAGUGGUAUCAGCGCAAGCUAGAGGCAUGGAGACGUGGCGAGAUUGACUGGGACACCGGCAAACCACUGCAAGAUGCAGGACAUGAUUACGACAGUAUUGGAGAACAGAAGGCAGAGUUCCACCACGUGCGAAACCUCAUGGUCUAUCUACGCCUGGACAACAUGCCAACUCUGCUUGCAUUCAUCUCGCUGCUUGGGAACAAGUCUACUGAGCUUACGCCCAAACUUCACCCUUCCAAGGCACAGUCUCAGGAAGAGAUCACGACGACCGACAAAGUGAAGAGCGUGACGGUGCACGGUGUGCGUUUAGUCGAGCUCACUGAACGUGGCUCAGCGGUCAUGCAAGUGUCAGAGAUCGACGAGUAUUCAGCAUUCGACCCUAUCUUGAAUGCGUUCCGGGUGCUGGGCCAGCUCUUCAACCUGGCAGUCUCUGGCGAAGUAGCGGUCAUUCCAGAAGCAAGCUUCGCCGAUACACUUUUGAACAAAGCCGUCGAGGAAGCUUCAGACCUCCUGCUCAUCCCUUGGAGCGAGACUGGCACGCUGAGCGAAAAGCAGACGGUAUCCAACGACAACGUCAAAAACAAGCUUACCAGUGACCAGUACAGUGCCUUUGUCAGUGAGGCACUGAGGUCAACACAGUCGAAUACAGCCGUCUUCAUCAACAAAGGCUUCUCCGGGACUCUCAAGACACGCUCAAAUACACUUGAGCGAACAUUGAGUCACCUGAGCGUGCGCAGUGGACGUGAGCAAACACUGUUGAGCGUCGAUCGAAGCCACCAUAUCUUCAUGCCAUUCUUUGGCGUCAGCGGCGACGAUCGCAUAGCACUGCGGAUAGUGCUACAGCUCGCGGAGAAUCCAACAGUAACAGCGACGGUUGUUCAUUACGAAACGCCUGAUGAUACCCAGCCAUCAGUUACGACGGAGGCUAAGCAGCCACAAUCGCAGGCCGUGUCCGGCCGCUCAAGCGAUUACGCGACAUUGUUUGCAAGCAUACAACGAUCUAUACCAGCCAACAUCGCUCCGAGGGUGGUCUUUGAGUCUGUGCACAGCACGAGUCCGCUGGAAGAUGCAUUGUCCAAAGCGCAGGGGGAAGUCUCACAGAACCCCAAGAAUGGCGGAGACAUCGUCGUGGUUGGUCGACACAUCGAUCACUUCAGACGUACUGGCAGUGCGCCGGAUUGUCUUGGAGCGGCCGCAGAUACGUUUGCGGCAAGCGGCAUCAGGGCAAGUUUGCUGGUUGUACAGGCCAAGGGCACCGGGCUAGAAUAG